AUGGAACAAUCAAGAAAUCAUAAUUUUGUGCUAUAUAAUCCCCCAGAUCGCAGGAUCGAUGAACGUGCUCCUGAAUCUCAAGUGUUCCAGAUGGAUCAUUCUGGUCAUGCAAAUGCCAGCUUCAGUUCCCCCGAGGUUAAUUUUUCCGAAGCUAAACCUGUAUAUAACUACUCUAUUCAGACAGGUGAGGAAUUUGCUCUUGAAUUCAUGCGUGAUCGGGUUAAUCCCAGGAAACCUAAUGUUCCAAAUAUUUCCAGUGAUCUGAAUCAUGCACCUCGCUACUUAGAACUCAGAGGCUUUUUGGGUAUCAGUCAUACUGGCUCGGAGAGCGGUUCAGAUAUCUCUAAGAUUUCUAUGGUAGAAAAAGGUUCCAAAGAGUUUGAAAGGAAGAACUUGUCUUUGCAUGAAGACAGAAGUAACUGUGAUUCUGUACGUUCUAUGCAGUCUGUACCACGGAAUUCAUCUGAUUGGACACUUAUGUAUACCUCGUCUGGAGCUUUGGAUAGCUCAUCAACAAAGCUUAAGAUUCUCUGCAGCUUUGGUGGUAAAAUACUACCUCGGCCAAGUGAUGGAAAGCUCAGGUAUGUUGGAGGUGAAACACGCAUGAUCCGCAUAAGAAAGGACAUUACAUGGCAAGAACUGUGGCAGAAAACAACCACAAUUUAUGAUUGGACACAUACCAUAAAAUAUCAGCUUCCUGGGGAGGAGCUGGAUGCUUUAGUUUCAGUGUCUAGUGAUGAGGAUCUAAUGAAUAUGAUGGAGGAGUGCAAUGUACUAGAAGACGGAGAAGGUUCAAAAAAACUUCGGUUAUUCCUGUUUUCUGCCGGUGAAUUGGAUGAUGCUCAUUUCACCUUAGCUAAUUCCAAUGUUGAUUCUGAGAUAAAAUAUGUAGUUGCAAUCAAUGGCAUGGACAUGGGAUCGAGAAAAGGCUCUGCACUACGUGGUCUGGCAAACUCUUAUGGAAACGAUUUGAAUGAGUUAGAUACACAGAAUGUUGAGAUUGCCCCAAAUAAAGCUGCAAAUGAAAUCACUGGGGUUAGUACCUCAAAUUUGGCUGGCCUUGCUGACUCGUCAUCUGCUAACAUAUCCUCUCAAUCUAUUAUACCAGGUUCCUCAAAGAAUUAUGAAAUUGAUUUGCACUUUGAUCAUGGUCAGACAGCACACCGGGAUGAUCACAAGCAACAACCUCUCCAAUAUGAAUACAAUUUGCAUCCUCCAUAUUUCUCACCUCCUGAAAGUUGUGUACCACAGACUUCUUAUGGGCUUAUGGCUCAAAAGAAAGAUCUUGAAGGGCAGAAAUUGAAUGGUUUCACUGUGAAGGGUACAAAAGAACAGGAAAAGGAGGUGAAACUUAAAGUUGAUGUCUCAAAACAACCAGAAAGUGGGAAUGGAAGUAAUCAAAUGGUCACUGAGCACCUUGUUACUUCUCAGGCAUACAAUGGUAACAGGAACAGUGGUUUUCCUGUGGAAGAAUCGUCAGUUGUGGUCCCCAAACUGGACAGAGAAUUUUCUGCAAAGACUCAGAAAAAGGACAUGCCCCAGGAACCUCUGAAGGUCUCUAAGCCUCUUGAUGCUGUUAAUCCCUCCCACGUGCCUAUAUCUAGUGGCAAUGACUAUGAUACUUGCAGCGAGGCUUUAGUUCCUGAGUCCAUCAAGUCUGAGCCUGAUCCUGAUUUGAGCUACUUCGAGCCUCCUAUUCCUCAGAGGGUCUUUAAUUCUGAGCGGAUCCCCCGAGAGCAGGGAGAGUUGCUUAGCAGAAUAUCGAAGUCAGAUGAUUCACACUCUUCUCAGCUUCUCGUCAAUCAUUCACGUUCUGGGGUUGCCCAGCAAGAUUUUAUAAAUGGGUCUGAUGAAAAAGAGGAAAAUGAAAAUCCAAAUAUCCUGACUGAGCAGUCAAUUUCUAACGAAAGGCCUUUUCCUGUGGAUACUGCAACCCAUGAUAAUUUUCCUGUGAAACCUCAAAGGUUGAAACAGGUGGACUCCACGGAUGUCAGAGAUCCCAAGCAUGAAAAUCAGAUUCGUCUGGCUGAAGCAAAAGCAGGAGUGAAGCUGCCAGCUGUGAGUCAUGUGGAUUCAACGAAAUGCCAUGAAGAUCCAACAAAUGGUCUUCCUCAAAUUCAUUGGGUUGAAAAGGUCAGCAGCGAAUCCUUGGCUGCUAAUGCCCAUGAGCACCCUGAACCUUCUGCUUGGACAGGGGCUCAGGAUGGACCCUCCACUGGGGUUCCCCGAACCGAGCAGAGGGUCCUUAUUGACAUUAACGACCGAUUCCCUCGCGAUCUUCUUUCUAAUAUAUUCUCGAAAGCUAUACUCUCUGAUGGUUCAUCGAAUAUUUGUCAACUGCAAAAGGAUGGAGCAGGCAUAAGUGUAAACAUAGAGAACCAUGAACCUAAACACUGGUCCUUCUUCCAGAGAUUAGCAGGGGAUGGGUUUGCAAAAAGGGAUGUUUCUCUUAUGGAUCAAGACCAUGUUGGAUUUUCAUCUGGACUGCCAAAAGUUGAAGAAGAUGCUCCUUUAACUUAUGAAUAUGCUCGAUUGACGAAAGAUGGACCAAAUCGCAGGGAACUGCGGGAUACUUAUGGUGAAGAUGAUAACAAAAUUAUCCCUGGUGGAGAAGGAGCUGCCUCUGUAGUCACAGAUUUCAAUUAUGGUACUUCCCGAGUGAAAGCUAGUGAAGGAAUGCAGUAUGAUGAUUUGAUGGAUAACACGAGAGUUCGAGACUCAGACUAUGAGGAUGGGAUUGGAAGUAUUGGCUUACCUCCUCUAGAUCCUUCUUUGGUAGAUUUUGAUAUAAACGCAUUGCAGAUCAUAAAGAAUGAAGAUUUGGAGGAAUUGAGGGAACUUGGUUCUGGAACAUUUGGGACAGUUUUUCAUGGAAAAUGGAGAGGCUCUGAUGUUGCUAUCAAGCGAAUAAAGAAAAGUUGUUUUACUGGUCGACAGUCAGAGCAAGAGAGAUUGGCUAUAGAUUUCUGGAGGGAAGCUGAAAUUCUCUCAAAGCUUCACCACCCAAAUGUAGUUGCAUUUUACGGUGUAGUACAAGAUGGACCAGGGGGAACCUUGGCAACUGUGACAGAGUACAUGGUUGAUGGUUCUUUGAGGCAUGUUUUAGUUCGGAAGGAUAGGCAUCUUGAUCGCCGUAAGCGGCUUAUAAUUGCCAUGGAUGCAGCAUUUGGGAUGGAAUAUCUGCAUUCGAAGAAUAUUGUUCACUUUGAUCUGAAAUGUGACAAUUUGCUGGUUAAUUUGAAAGAUCCUUCACGACCUAUAUGCAAGGUAGGUGAUUUUGGUCUGUCGAAAAUAAAGCGAAACACCUUGGUUUCCGCUGGAGUUAGGGGGACUCUUCCAUGGAUGGCUCCAGAGUUGCUGGAUGGUAGCAGCAUUAAAGUUUCUGAGAAGGUUGAUGUAUUUUCCUUUGGUAUUGUCUUGUGGGAGAUACUCACUGGGGACGAACCCUACGCCAACAUGCAUUAUGGUGCUAUCAUAGGUGGCAUUGUCAACAACACAUUAAGGCCAACCAUUCCAAGCCACUGCGAUCCAGAUUGGAGAAGGUUGAUGGAGCAGUGUUGGGCCCCAAAUCCUGCAGCAAGACCAACUUUUACGGAAAUUACUAACCGUUUGCGCAUAAUGUCUGCCUCGGCCCAAACUCGAAAGACAGGUUCAUAG